AUGGCUUCCCACUCCACCACCUCCACCUCCAAACCCGCAUCAAUUCACGACUCCGCCCGAGGCUCGCCCGUCCCCGAAGACGCCUUCCACCACCUCGUCCAAGAAAUCAACGCCAUCCUCGGCCCCAGCAACGGCAUCGACAGCGCGGGUGUCGACGUCAACGAGCUCAAAAAGGCGAUGCUCGACUACCGAUCCGUCGAGCACGAGUGGUCCCAAUACGCCUUCGCCGACCAUAGCAGAGCGUACACGCGGAAUCUCGUCGAUCGUGGGAAUGGAAAGGCUAAUCUGCUCGUUCUUGUCUGGACGCCCGGCAAAGCUUCGCCCAUCCACGACCAUGCCAACGCGCAUUGCGUCAUGAAGAUAUUGAAGGGCUCACUCACUGAAACGCUCUACGGCUGGCCUUGCCAACGGGCCGAUAACCCGACCAGUUGUGCCACGGAAACCACGUAUGAACAGGAACAGGUCACUUACAUGAGUGAUAGCCUGGGGCUGCAUCGCAUCUGCAAUCCGAGUAAGGAUGAAGUUGCCGUCAGUCUGCAUCUGUACACUCCUCCCAACGCCGCCAAGCACGGCUGUCAUAUCUUCGAUGAGAAGACUGGCAAGAAGACACAUGUCUCGCAAUGCCACUUCUACUCCGAGCUCGGUGUGAAGAUGUGA